AUGUGUGAGUACUUACUUGCGUCGGAAGGUGGUGAGAAAAGAGUAAGAGAGGAACGUGUGAAGAAGUCUGUAUUGGACUUGGCGAAUGACCCGAUAGGUCAGAGGACUUUCUUGAGGUUGGAGGCUCCCCCUAUGGUGACCUGCGAGGUGGAUAAGGAUAAAGGAUUGGUGUUUGAUUAUUCUUUGAAGAAGGUAGAGAAUCAGUUGAUCUUGCGCAAGGAGAAGGACAAAGAAGAUUAUAAUACCCCAAAAGAACUGCGUAGCUCUGUUUCAUCACCUUUUGGUGGAAGAGUAACGAUGUCUGACACCCCUCUUGAGUUUUUUGAAUGUUCAACGGGUUUUAGCGCUGGUAGCUCUGUCGCUAAAUCUUCUGGGACUUCGAACCCUAGGAGUGGGAAGAGAUUUAGACCUCCAAAGAGGAUGAGAAAGUUCAAAGCAAGAGUAUCUGAACAUGAUAGUGAGGAUGGGAAAAGGAAAGGUAUCGAGGAUGAUGAGGGGAAGCCUUCAUCAAAGAGAAGAGUUGAACAUGUUGUAGAGAGUUUCAGGAGAGUAGCGAGGAGGUCAACAUCAGAGGUGGUCCCAAAUGAGGGACUGCCCAAUCAAUAA